AUGAUCUUUCUCGGCACUGCAGUACAGAGGUGACUCAGGCUACUCUAGCCAGCGUGGCACCGAUCUUUUCCGUGAUAAAGUUUGACAAAGAAGGCAAUUCUACCUCCUAUGAAAGAAAGAAAACAGAACUAUAUCAGGAACUAAGUCUUCAAGCACGAGAUCUACGGUUUCAACAUCAAGUAAAUAUAACACCCAGAAACAACAAAAUUAUUAUGAGAAUGGAGUUUUUGAAGGCUGUGAUAACACCGGAGUAUCUUCUAAUCCUGGACUAUCGUAGUUUAAAUCUGGAAAACUGGCUAUUCCAAGAACUGGCAUCUCAGCUAGCUGGAGAAGGUCAACUAGUUACAUAUUCAUUGCCUUUUGAAUUCAGAGCUAUAGAAGCAAUACUACAGUAUUGGAUCAGCUACCUGAGUGGCAGACUUAGCCAUCUGCAGCCUCAGAUUCUUGAGACACUGAAUGCUUUAGUGGAUCCUAAGCUUUUGUCUCUGGAUCGGAGCAAGGUCCAUAUCUUAUUGCAAAAUGGAAAGAGGUAAGCAAGUCUCCCUUCACUCGCUUACAUUACCUUGUUAUGUAUGUUGUAGUAAGCCAUUUUCUUGCAUUGUAUAAUAACAGCACCACUUAUUACUGCAGAUGGCUUAAACUAAAUGUUAGGCAAGGGAGAAGCACUGUAGGUUGAUGUCUUAAAUGCUGAAUUGAUUUGUUCAAUUCCAAUUGUUGCUGUUACAGUUUUUUUGUUGCAACAGAUUAACAUACAGUCAGGUCCAGAAAUAUUGGGACAUCGACACAAUUCUAACA